CGCCCCACCCCGCCCCGGGCACCUCCCACCGCCGCAGGCCGCGCGCGCCACUCCCGGGACCGUCCCUGCGCGGCGCCGGGCGCAGCAUGGCGCGCUGGGCCGUCCUCGCCCUGCUGCUCGGCCUGCUCGGCUCGCUGGUGCCCGCCCAGGAUGAAGAUUUUAAUUUAUUGGAUGCCUUGCCUGAUAAUGCCCCGAAAUCCACUCCAGUCCCCAAAAAACCUUCUGCCGAUGGUGGCGGCUUUGAUUUAGAAGAUGCCCUUUCUGACACAGGCCAAGAUGACCCAGGACGGCCUAACCUCCCCAAGCCGAAACCGAACCCAAACCCCAAACAGCCUGGAUCUUCCGAUGGCUUUUCGGAUUCCGAUCUCGUUGACGGGACCUCAGAUGGAGGUGGUGGGGGUAGCGGCGGCCGACACAGCAAUGACCAGGAUGGGCAGGCCGACGCCCCUGGGGUGGUCCCCGGCAUCAUUGGGGCUGUGGUGGUCGCCGUAGCUGGAGCCAUUUCUAGCUUUAUUGCCUACCAGAAAAAGAAGCUGUGCUUCAAAGAAAAUGAUGAGCCGAAGGUCUAGGGACAAGCAGAAAGCCCCGUGCAGGCCUCAAGAUCGAGCUGUCCGGUCAGCGUCUGCCCACGGAGACCCAAACUUUUUAUAAAGCAAACUGUGGCAUUUGUCUCCGCUCGAACUAAAUGGCACAGGGAUGCAAUUCUCCCGGGCGGCAGUCCAUCCCUUGAAUUCUCUCGGUUUCCUCCCUUCUUCAUGCACAGAAGUUUAUUAGAUAACCGUACAGGUGGCCUCAGAAAAUGAAGAGAAACGCAGAUAUUUUUCUUUGAAACAUUAGCCCAACAGCAUGGGAGAGAGCAGCUUCCUUAACUGACUGAAGUUCUUCAUGAUUGACGGGUGACUCAGGGAUCGGGCAAGGGGGUGGGGGCGGCCACCACCACCCCUGCCGCCUCCUGGGGCAAACCCCACCGCCUUUGGGUCAUAGGGUUGAUCCUUUAAGCCACCGGUGGAGGUGGGGACCCUGUCACGCCACAGCCCCUGGACUUCUUUGUUGUGUUUUUACUCCGUUUCUCCUGAGGCAAUUCCUAAGGUCGCUGGUCAGGUUUUCCCAAGAAGGGAACUUUCAGUUCCCGGGGGGAGAAGAAAAAAAUCCAUAUUUUUAGGAAUAAAUAAAAAUCUCACGAUUUAAAACAUUUUAAGGUCAGUGGAGAAGGGGUAGUAGGUAUUCGGCUUUUGUUGACACCUGAGAAUUUUUAUGUGCCUGAGUGUCCCUUAAACUGGAUGUUUAUUCCCCUUCCACAUGUGACUGUCACCUUUUCGGGCAUAAAAAUUACUUUUCUCCUUUUGACGAAGUGCUGGCAUUGACUGUAAUGUCCCUCCUGGGCUGGGAUGGGUGGUAGAGAUUUCUGAACCGAGUGGCAGGUUUAGGGGCUAGUGUGACUGGUCCAUUGGGAGGAGGGUUGGGUGCCCCACAAUGAGAAAGUCCUUUUCUGGGGACAGGGGGAGUCCCAGCACCAUCCAGGGGUCCCCUGGAGCUUGACAGAGGUCACCUGGAUGACCUUCUGGCUGUUUAGACGAUAUGUGCACAGGUGUCUGCAUACUGAUAAAGGAGGCCUGUGCCCCAGUCAGCCCCAUCAAAUCCUUCUGUGCCCACUAAAAAUAAUGUCACUGUGGCCCCCAAAAUCAGGCACUGCUAGACAGUCCCCUGGUCCCCCCCGGGGCCAGUUUUGCCACCAAGGUCAUGGCAUCUAUAUCCAUAAAGAGACCCUCUAAAUGCUGCUCUAAUAACUGCUAAUGGUCCCUACCCUGAAAGGAACCCGUGGGAAUUACUUUAACAGCCUGAGACCCGGCGUGUUUGGCCUCUUCAAUUGCAAGGUUGACUUGGGAGGAUCCAUGGAGCAUCUUAGGGAAUCUGUUCUCCGGCUUCUGCCCCCUGCACGUAUCUGUUCAGAGGAUGUAGAACUUAAGAUGCCUUCUAUUGGUCCGAGAUAAUUUUGGCCCCAGAGGAUCUUACCUUCCUGCCCCUUCAUUCCACAUGGUCUUUUUUGAUUUUUUUUUCCCACGGAGCCAGAUUUGACAGGCUGUUUCAUGGCCCCAUUAGAAUAUUUUUGUCCUUAGCCACCUGCAUUUUUUUUCUUGGUUGGUUCAGAUGAUUUGCCCUGUGAAAUCACUGCAGAUUUAGAAUUUCUUGCCCCGACGGUUUUCUCUAACAUGUACCCGAGCUUUUCACGCACCCCACAUCCUGCUGAUGCAAAGACCAGUGUUUGCAGCCACUGCUGUGUAAUGCUUCUCGCGGGCUCUUCCCUGUGGGCAUUGUUCUUUACUUAUUAAAUGUAGGUUUUGAGUCUCCCAGGGGUCUCCUUACAGACGACGGCAUUCAUUCUGUGCCCCGCCCUGCUCCGUUUUUUUCUGGGACCUGGGUGCAAAUUAUGUUGUGCGCUGUUCAUGAAAGUGUUGCAAGAUGGUGCAUUUUCACAAAGAUUAAAGCUUUGCGGGUGGAAAACAAAUGCUGGUGAGUGGGGAGAGCUCGUGCGGGUCCCUUUCACGCGGAAAACGCUUACAUUGUCUUAGCAACAGUGCUGUUGAGAAAUAAAUGUAUUUUGUGUGUGA